AUGGAAAGGGCCAAUGAGAGUUCCCUGAUGAGUUUCAUCCUUCUAGGCUUCUCAGACAACCCUCGCCUGGAGUCUGCACUCUUUGUAUUAGUCCUUUUUUUCUAUAUCUUGACGCUUGUGGGGAACUUUGCCAUCAUCAUUAUAUCAUACGUGGAUCCUCUCCUCCACACCCCCAUGUACUUCUUCCUCAGCAACCUCUCCCUACUGGACCUCUGCUUCACUACCAGUCUUGCACCUCAGACCUUAGUCAACCUGAGAGGUCCGGAGAAGACUAUCACCUAUGGUGGUUGUGUGGUACAACUCUAUAUUUCUCUAGCGCUGGGCUCCACUGAGUGUAUCCUCUUGGCUGUAAUGGCUUUGGAUCGCUACAUUGCUGUCUGCAAACCCCUCCACUAUGUGGCUAUCAUGAAUCCACAGCUAUGCCAACAGCUGGCAUCCCUCUCCUGGCUCAGUGGUUUGAGCAAUUCCCUGAUCCAUGCUACUUUUACCUUGCAAUUGCCUCUCUGUGGCAACCAUAGACUCAAUCAUUUUAUUUGUGAAGUACCAGCUCUCCUCAAAUUGGCUUGUGUGGACACCACUGUCAAUGAGUUGGUGCUUUUUGUGGUUAGUAUCCUGUUUCUCCUAAUUCCCCCAGCACUCAUUCUUAUCUCCUAUGGCUUCAUAAGUCAAGCUGUGCUGAGGAUAAAGUCAGCAGAGGCAAGACACAAAGCCUUCAGCACCUGUUCCUCCCACCUUACAGUGGUGAUCAUUUUCUAUGGCACCAUAAUCUACAUGUACCUACAACCAGGUAACAGUUAUGCUCAGGACCAAGGCAAGUUUAUCUCCCUCUUCUACACCAUGGUGACCCCAACCUUAAAUCCUAUUAUCUAUACUUUAAGAAACAAAGAUAUGAAAGAAGCAUUUACCAAGAUAUGUAGUCAGUCAGCUUCUAAAUUAGUCAAACCAUCCUCUGACCCAGCUUCUGACCCUGCACCUGUUGGUGAUGAGUGGCCCCAGCAGCAUGUUAUAGCCCUGCCACCAGCCCAACCCUGGCAUGUUCAUCACCUUGUGGGGGAUGGACAGCACCAUCAGGGCAGACUUAAUCGCUGCUGUGGUCUUCCUCUGGAUCUUCCUUCUCCUCCUCAUGCUACACUACUUCUAUUGGCACAAGGGCAUGAUCCACACCAAGGCCAAGGGCAAGGAGUUUGCCUAAAGCACAGAUCCAGCCCUGCAGGAAAAUCACUCCCUCCAAGGCAAAGGUGA